AUGGGGCUCAGAUACAACUCUGGAAUGUAUAGCACAUGGUGUCGCAAAUCCAGGACCGUUAAUGUCAUGGGAACGAGAUGGUAGGCGUCUUCCGACUAAUAUUUCCCGUAUUCAUGCAGAUUACUCACCGAUGCCUUUGCGUAUUGUUUACUUCAUCAACAACAUGACAGAUGCACAUAAUGGUGAAUAUGUAUGCACUGUGAAUGAAACUUUAGUUCAAAGGGUUAAUGUCAUUGCAAUCGGAAUGCCAGAACCAUUUAUCGUCCCACCUCUCAAUCACUCUGUAGUAGAAGGCCAAAACGUCUCUCUCACCUGCAAAGUAAAGGCAAGCGCCGGAACUGUCAAAUGGACACGCUAUGAUCAAGAUCUGAACAAUUUCACUGCGCUACAUAACACGAACAAAACGCAUGUACUAUUCGACGAGAUGGCUAGAGUAUCCACACUGACGAUCGUGAUGGCUGAGCUUAGUGAUGAGACGUCUUACAGAUGCUACGUAGGUCAUACGUUUCAGAGAGGCGAUUUAAACUUUGUCGAGGCCUACAUCACAGUAAUUGUACAACCAUUGGGGGAUUACCCUGUAAUUGAAGAAACAGCAAAUGAUGACGUGUUCUCUGUACUUGAAGACGAUCUGAUCAGCGUUACUUGCUCAGUGUACGACGUAAAACCGGCGCCUGAACUGAUGUGGACACUGGGAGGAAAUAUGAUUGAUGAAAAGUAUCAGACGAUAGAAGUGGCUGAAGAAGACAGGAGGUUUACUAUUAAAAACUCGUUAAAGUUACAGGCACACUCUAGGGACAAUUCAAAAGAAAUGACAUGCAUCGCAAAAAGUGACUUCUUCAGUUCUGCGAAGCAAUCGAUUCAGCUUAACGUUUCGUACGCACCCAAGAUUUACAUCGAACCUGAUAGCAUCAAUAUAUUGGAGGGUGACAAAUUAACCGUCAAUUGUAAUGGUUCAAGCAAUCCGACACAUAUCACGUACCGCUGGGAGUGCUCGAAACUCAAUGGUGAUGUCAUCCACCAAGUUGGACAGACAUUCAGUGUCCAUAAAGUUACGUCAGACUUUGAUCAGUCAAGUCUUCGUUGUAAUGCCAGUAAUAGCAUCGGUACAAGCCAAGUCGUAUUGAAGGCGAUCAAUAUUAGUGGUACUGGACCGCAGCUGGAGAUAAUCCUACCAGUGACGGCGAUGUUCCUCCUGUUUGGUUCGGUGACGGUUAUUGUGUUGGUGUACCUGCGUAAGAAACGAACGACUAUACCUCACAUUACACUGGAACAACAGAAAGAGUUUGACGUGUUCAUUUCAUACAAAGGUGGAACCGACGAAGAAAUCUUUGUUAUUCGAAUACUCGUUCCUAAGCUAGAAGAAUUCGGCUAUAAAGUGUGUGUUCAUUACAAGCAUUUCGUUGGUGGAAAAACGAUCAUAGAAAACAUCAACGAAUCGAUCUCUAAUAGUCACAUGACCAUCAUCGUCCUAUCCCCUGCCUUUGUUGAAAGUGUGUGGUGCAAAUUCGAAUUCCAAUCUGCGUCUACACAAAUGCCAAAUUUUGAAAAUACUGUGAUACCUGUCAUGUUUGACGACGUCACCCAUCUAGCAAACCUUGACAAGACACUUCAGGACCUACUCAAACGCGUCAACUAUAUCACGUGGCCACGCAAUUGUGAAAAUGACGACGCGAAUGAAAGACAGUUCUGGAAGCUUUUAAGAAAGGCUCUACGCCCUACUGUAAAUCCCAGGCUUUGAUAUUGUGAGAAAUAUAUGUAUAUAUAGCUAUAGCAUAGUCUCACCUAGA